AUGCAUCACUACCCAUUGGCUAAGGGCGACCCACUGUGCCCGCUGGGGUUCCACCCACAGGUGCGGUGGCCUACGCGCUGCAAACGGUGCUUCCGCGACUACAAGGAGCACGGCGGCCGCAAAAAGGAAGACGAUUUCACUGCGUCCACCCCUAGUCUCUCUUCUUGGAACUCGCCUGCGUCACGAAGUCGUGAUGACAAUGGCGCUGAAGUGGAGAAGACUGGAAGAGGUUGGGCUUCCAGCACAAACCUCACAACUGAUCCUUCCAAGAAAGACGCCUUCUCCACAGGGUUCAGCAGAACCAGCGCAUCGUGGACGUCGACGCCGGACUUGGGGACCAACGACUCCGACUCCACGACCGCCGUCACCGUCAGCCUCAAGCUACCCAAGCGGAGGCUCACCGGGCCGCUCCCGACCAUCGACACCGGCCAGACUCCAAACGUUACAACAUCGGACACGGUGACACUGCGACGACCGUCCCCAUCUCCGCCGCCCGCCGCCGCGUCUAUCGUUAUAUCCAAGAACGAUUCGCUCGCAGAACGCGUGCGCAAGAUGAACCUCUUGAAAAGUCAAAAUAGUUUUGAAAAAGAAUCUAGCAUAGAAAAAGAAAGAGAUAAGAGAAGUGUAUCCAGAAGUAGAGAAGAAAAAAGCAGAGAAGAACAAAAAGCAAAAUCUAAAGAAGAGCGGGCAGCUAAAGAAGAUAUCAACUUUAUGAUGCAGGUAAAAAGUUCUCGAAAGGCGACUUCAAAUACCAAGCCACCUAAGAGAGGUGGUCCUACCAAAGAUAAAGAGGAAUCGGAUGACGACACUAGUACGGCAGGAACCUUUACCACUGAGACGACCCUCGUCGACGCUAACGUAAAGGAAUACCAGGAUCAAAUAGAGAGUUUGAAGCAAGAAUUGGACAUCUUAAAAAAACGCUGCGAACGAGUGGAAAAAGAGAAGAGCGACAUCUUGUUACGUCGUCUGGCUAACAUAGACACCGCCAAUAAAUACACUACAGGUCGUUCUUCGGAGGUCCUAAAGCUACAGCAGAAGGUCAAUGAACUCACUGCGGUUAAUGAAGAUCUAAGGGACGAGAAGAAACAUCUAACGUUGAAGGUCAAGGAAAUUGAAUGUGAACUGGAGGGAAGACCGUCAGCGGAGGCACAGGCACGUCAAAUAGAACAGUUGCGAGCGAAGUUGUUGGCUGCAGAAACGCUGUGCGAAGAACUAAUGGACGAAAAUGAGGACAUGAAAAAGGAGUUGCGAGACUUGGAAGAAGAAAUUGAGGAAAUGCAUGAUAACUUUAGGGAGGACCAAGCAGACGAAUACUCGUCUCUCCGAAGGGAGUUAGAACAAACAAUAAAGAACUGCCGGGUACUAUCUUUCAAGUUGAAAAAAACUGAGAGGAGGGCAGAACAACUCGAACAAGAGAAGGCUGAUCAGGAAAAGAAACUUUUAGAGAUAGUAGGAGGUCAGGAGGGUCUAUCACGCGAGAACCGCAUCAAGGAGUUGGAGCAAGAGGUGGCUCGCUCUACAGAAGUUGCGCUACGACUGCAGCGCGACCUCGCUGAGGCCACUGCUAAACUUUCAGCCGUCUCAGGAGCACCGCCUGCUAAUGUAAAGAAGAACGCGCCACCGGCAGAUGGGCAAAAAGUAUCCCGAUCAUCCCUAACACGUGGCGGUAGUCAGGAGGACCCCGCUCAGUUGCUUCGGGAUCUCCAAGAUUCCUUAGAACGCGAAGCGGACCUACGUGAACAACUACGCAACGCCGAAGAAGAGGCAAAUAAUUUACGUAAAACUGCGUCACGGGUCGAAGAUGACAAUGAAUCCUUGCUACUUCAGCUGAAGAAAAUGGCUACCAAAGCCAGAAGUCGCAAAUUAUCUCCAACACCUCCUACAAACAGACUUGCGAUUGAAGCCCCAAAUGAAAAAGAUGAAGGUAUCUCUGACGAAGAAGAUCCUGCGGAACUGCGCCUUCUCCUUGAACUCAACGAACAGGAAGCAGCAGUUUUACGACGAAAGGUAGAAGAUUUGGAACAAGACAGAGAAUCAUUGAAAAAACAAGUCAAGGAAUUAUCGGACAAAAUUACAAUAAAUAACAAGUCAGUAACUACUUCGGUAACACUAAGGAAAAAUACAGCCAAAGGUAAUAAUUUAGCAGAGGAAAAAGUUAAGGUACUAGAAGAUGAGAUUGCUGAACUACGAAAAAAGCUCAUUGAAAAGGAAAGAGAUUGCGAAAGAUUGCAUGCCGAACUAAGUUUAGCACAAAAGAAGCCAAAGGGGUCGCUCAUAAAAAGCAAGUCUCUCGACGGCUCGAGUGAACAACAAAACGUAGAUUUAAAACGACAACUCCAAGUUAUUGAACAAGAAGCUAGUGUGUUAAGAGCAAAAACACAAAGUCUCGAAGCUGACAACGAACAGCUUCAAGCUGAAAACAAAAAAUUACAGCUUUUGAAGAACACUAAAACGUUACGAUCAGAUAAAACAGUGGAACACAAUGCAAAUAAAAUUUUACAACUAGAAAAGGAAUUGAAAGAAGCUGCAGCUAAAAUCAAAGAGUUGGAAAAUAACAAAGAAAAAGAAGAAAAAACCGAAAAGAAAGUUAGAUUUGGGGAAAUCACAAAGAAAGACACUGAAGUCCUCAAAGCAAAACAAGAUGAACUGGAUAGAUUGAAAAUUAAUUACAAUAAGCUUGAGAAAGACAACGCAAAACUACAUGCAACAUUAAAAGCAUUAAAAGAAGAAGCAAUGAAAUCUUUCCAGCCCCGCUCCCCAAAAAAACUGACUGAUCUCACAACAAAACUUCAAAUGAAAAAAAUGGUAGAGGAACUUGAAGGCGAAAUAGGAGAACUGUAUGUCGUCAUGAAAAAUGCUGGUCUUUCUUCAAAAGAGAUUAAUACAAAAGCGCAACUUGAAAAAGAUAUUGAAGAAAUUAAAUCAAAGUUAUUAAAGAAUGAAUCAGAAUUUAUAAAUGAAAAGAAUAGAUUACAAACUGAAAUAGCAAAAUUAAAGGAUCUCAAUACUAAGUUAGAUAGUGAUAAAUCAGAACUUAAUGUAAAAUGCAAAACUUUGGAGACCGAGAAGGACAAAGUAGCAAGUGAAUUAAAAUCAUUUAAGGAUAAAAAUAAUAGUCUAGAGACUCAAAUUACUAAACUUAACAAUGAAAUAAGUAGCUCUUCCUCGCAGAAAACAGCAAUGAGUGAUUGUAUGAAGAAAAUUGAAACCUUAAAAAAAGAUCUGGACACGAAAGAUAAGGAAAUAGAUAAAUUAAAACAACAAGUGGAAAAUGUAAAUAAAUUAGACCAAGACAAGAAUAAAUUGCUCAAAGAGGUUGGUGAUAAGACGAAAAAAAUUACGGAAUUGGAAAAGAAGUUGAAAGAGUCUGAGGAGAAAUGUAAACGUAUAGAAAAGCAACUGGCUACUCGUAAAGAUCGUGUUUCUAAACUAGAGAAAGAGCUAUCAGAAGAAAAGGAACAAUCUGAAGCACUGGUCAGUUCUCACAGGCGACUAUCUGUUGAAUUAACAAGUGAAAAAGAUGAAAUAUAUACAAAGCUCAUUAAAGCAGAAACAAAAGUUAUAACACUAGAAACUGAAAUAAGAGAAAUGAAGACUGAUUACGAAAGUAAAUUAACCCAUUUGGAAUCAACUAUAGCUGCAAAAGAUAUUCAUAUUAAGCAACUGGAGGAUGCUUUCAGAGAGACUUCGAACCAAAAAUACGAUGAAGCCAUAUCGUCUGUAGAAAUGGCACAAAUGAAAGAUAAACUAGAAACCACGAUAAGAAAUCUCGAAGAAAAAGAGAGCGAACUAUUCACUGCUAAACAAGAACUAAAUAAGACUGAAAAGGAAUUAUCAUCACUACAAUCAGAAAAGUCACAGCUUAAAUCUGAAAUGAAUAAAUUAGAAAAUGAAAGAAGAGAACUGGAAACUAAAUUGCAAACAGAGAAAAAAGAAUCUAGCUACUGGGAAAGCAAAGCUUCAGAGCUAGAAACAGAUUUACAGGCAGAACGAAAAAAAUUGGAGCGUAUGCGGAUUGCCCAUGACAAAGAUAUUAAAAAUAAGGAAGCAGAACUAGCAACAUUAAAGGGCAAACUUAAAAUUCUUGAACAAACUUCUGGCGCAGGUGUUAAGAGAAUUGCUGAUCUCAAACAAGAAUACGAAGAAACUGUCAAAAAAUUGGAGCAUUCGCUAGCUGUAGAAAAAGCUGAAUAUGAUGAAUUAACAGGUAAAUACGAAAUUUUAGAAGAGGAACAUGUUGUAACUAAGGCAAGGCUUACUGUAGAGAAGGAGCAAGCUCAAGGAGAGUUAAUGCAUGUCAAAAAGGAACUAAAUAGUGCACUAGCCGAAAUAAAAACUCUUCAAGAUGCGCAUGAAACUCAGUCUGCAACUUGGCAGAAAGACAAGACUGACCUUCAGAAAGAAAUAUCGUCACUGCAAGAAAGACUUUGUGGAGGCGGGUGGGAAGUCGAGAAGGCGCGCUUGACUGCUCGUCUAGAUCAGCGAGAGGCCGAACUGCGCGCUGCCACCGAUCAGCGUGACGUACUCACGCAUCACCACGAUCAAGCCAAGAAGGAGCUGGAAGAAAUGAGAAAGAAACUGGAGGACUACGAGAAAGUGUCCAAAAUACAAAGAAAUUUAACAGCAGAGAACGCGCGCGCCUCGAACACGCGGAGAAGUCUAGAAAGGCCGAGAUCACAGACACUAAGAUGAGAUACGAUAGCCAAUUGAACACAAUGCGAGAUGAGCUCAAGUCUUUGCACAACCAGGUAUCGCGAUUCAGGCGUGAAAGGGACAACUAUAAGCAAAUGCUGGAUGCUGCUCAGAAAACAAUGGGUGAAAUGAAGGACGCCAAAAAAUCUAGCAGGACACCAAGAUCUUCAAUUUCUAGUACAGAUGAGGAGGAGUAUCGCAACAAAUUAGCAGUCCUAGAACAACAGAAUGCAUGCCUUGAAGACGAACUGUGUGAAGCGCGGCUGCUCUCGUCUAAACUCAAGACCGAACUGGUCAGCGAGAAGUCAGCUUCCGAAGUGCGCAUAGCGGAGAUGCAAUCGCGACUGAACGAGUAUGAAGAAGAACGCCUACUGUCAUCUGGAAGGGCACGGGUAGCCGGCCUGGCGACUCGCAUGGAACUGGCGUGGCAUAAGGAACGCGAUGAGCAGCAACGACUGUUGCAGGAAACAUCGACGCUCGCGCGCGACCUGCGCCAGACUCUCUAUGAGGUGGAACGUGAAAGGGAUAAAGAGAGAUUGGAUAUGAAGAGAAGAAUAGAACAACUUAAGAGAACAACGGAAGAGGAGACAGAAGAAGCUAAGAAGAAGGUGACAGAACUGCAAUGCGAUCUUUUGGAAUUGAGAGACGCUCACGCGAAGCUCCGUACGGCUAACGAGAAAUUACGUCGCGACAAAGAGCGCAAUGAUCGCGAUAGGGAUCAGAACAAACUGCUCGUCGCCUCUCUUAAACGAGCGCAACAGGAGGACGACAGAAUAAUAACACAGCUAUUGGAGACCAUAGAAGAUCUCAUGAAACAGAGUCCAGAUUUAUUCCGCAGUGAGCCCAGCGUUAAGCCUGAGAAGAGUUUAGUUACGCCCACUCCACCCAGAAGAAAUAGGUCCUCGAAGUCCCGAUCGAGGUCUGCGACCCCAGAAGGCGGUGAGAACACAGUAGACGUGGUGGCGACGGCGGCGCGGCUCCGUCGGCUGACGGACGAACUGCGCGCGUCGAGAAUAGCUGAGCGCACGCGACGACACAACGUCUCGUCGGCGAGACGGGCCAUGUCUACAGAACCACGCGACACUCUGUCGGUGGCACCGGCCGGGCGGACGCCUUCACGAGCUCCUUCGCUGAAGAAACGAUCUGUGUCGCUGGAACAAACUACUAAGGAACAGAAUGUAAUCUGGAAGUCGGUGGAUGACACCAGCGUUUCGUCGAUGCAAUCCCUGGACGGAGACCUAGAUAAUCGUCUAUUCACGAUGCAACGAGACACCAGCAUGGACAGUCGACUGUCGGGAGGAUCGACCCAAAGUGAUGUCCUCCCAGCUGAAAAGAAAAAGAAGAAGAGUUUAUUCGGUAAAUUGAAGAAGCUAACCAAGUCUCGCUCUAUUGACGACCAAGUAGACCCUGAGGUCGUCGAAUUCCGACCUAUCGGUGCAAUGUCGCAGGGAUCGGAUUCUGAUAUGAGCGCGGCUGGCAGCAAAAGGGAUUUACGCGGUCGACUAUCUGACAUGUUUAGUAGAAAGGGCGCAACAUCACGCGGCAACAGCAAAGAGAAAAGUCCAGAACGUCCAGCGAGCGCGAUGGCAAGCGUGGGCUCGCCGUCGCUUCUGCGCAACUCCAGCUCCUCUACACUGCCACGUUCUCCAUCCAUCGCGCAGAAUCGUAUGCCGAACUCGAGAGCAUCCAGCGCCACCCCAGCCGCGAAGAGGAAAGGGAAAUAA